AUGAGUGGGGCGGAAUGCCCCGAGGAAUACAUGGGGUGCCUCGGUACACCAAAUGUUGCAGUUGCACCCGCGAGCAGUCGUGAAUAUCAUGUGCGGGAAUUCUCCUGUGGCACUCUAUACUACAGGACGUUCUUUGUGGAUUCCAAACGCGACGCGCUGUACGUCGGCGCUAUGGACCGUCUAUAUCGACUGAAUAUGAACAACAUCAGUGCAUCACACUGCGAUAGAGACUCAAUCAAUCUGGAGCCAAGCAACGUCGCACAAUGUGUUUCCAAAGGAAAAUCAGAACAUUUCGACUGCCGAAACCACGUAAGAGUGAUCCAGCCGAUGGGUGACGGAUCAAGACUUUACGUAUGUGGAACCAAUGCUCACAGUCCAAAGGAUUGGGUGCUAUACUCGAACCUGACACACCUGCCCCGUCACGAGUACGUGCCGGGCAUCGGCAUGGGCGUCGCGAAGUGUCCGUACGAUCCAGCCGACAACUCGACCGCCCUGUGGGUGGAGAGAGGGAACCCAGGCUCCCUGCCUGCAUUAUACUCGGGAACUAACGCGGAGUUCACAAAAGCAGACACCGUGAUCUUCAGGACCGACCUGCAUAACUUGACAACGGGCCGACGAGAGUUCUCCUUUAAGCGAACUUUGAAAUACGACUCCAAAUGGCUGGACAAACCGAACUUCGUUGGCUCCUUCGAUGUUGGUGAAUACGUGCUCUUCUUCUUCCGAGAGACCGCCGUAGAAUACAUCAACUGCGGAAAGGCAGUGUACUCAAGAGUGGCCAGGGUUUGCAAACAGGACACGGGCGGGAAGAACAUCCUCAGCCAAAAUUGGGCCACUUAUCUUAAGGCACGACUUAACUGCAGCAUUCCGGGAGAGUUUCCGUUUUAUUUUAAUGAAAUACAGAGCAUCUACAAAGUCCCAGGUGACGACAGUCGGUUCUACGGAGUGUUUACGACAGCCUCCACCGGUUUAAUGGGUUCAGCCGUCUGCACGUUUACCAUCAGUGACAUUCAGAAAGCAUUUGAAGGGAAGUUCAAGGAACAGGCCACAUCGAGCUCGGCUUGGCUACCCGUCAUCAGCAGUAGAGUCCCUGAACCGAGGCCGGGGACGUGUGUAAAUGACACCUCAUCUCUGCCUGAUACAGUGCUUAAUUUUAUAAGGUCUCAUCCGUUGAUGGAUAGCGCAGUUUCUCACGAACACGAGAAGCCAAUCUACUAUAAGAGGGACCUGUUCUUCACGCGUCUAGUCGUGGAUAGAGUGAAAGUUGACAUGAUGGGUCACCAGCUCGACUACACGGUUUACUACGCCGGCACCAAUGAAGGAAAAAUUCAUAAAAUCGUACAGUGGACUCGGAACGGCGACAGCCAGUCAGCUUUACUUGACAUCUUCGACGUAACUCCCGGCGAACCAAUUCAGGCCAUGGCUCUAUCACGCCUACACGGAUCUCUCUACGCGGCAUCUGAUAGACGAGUGCUUCAGCUACGCCUUGCUUUAUGUGCAAGGCGCUACGACGCAUGCGUGAGAUGCGCACGCGAUCCAUACUGCGGCUGGGAUAAGGACGCUGGCGUUUGUAGGGAAUAUACUCCGGGAUUAAUUCAAGAUGUGGCAAACGAAACAGCUGAUAUCUGCGAUUCCUCGAUCUCCCGGAAGAGCGUAUCAGCAACUUGGGGUCAGAGCUUGCAUCUCGGCAGUUUUGUUAAAAUGCCCGAGGUACUACAACCGAGGGCUGUGACGUGGUACCACUAUUCCAGGGAAAAGGGUCGACAUCCCAUUGCAUUUAAUAAACCUGAGAAAUACAUAGAGACAUCGGAACACGGGUUGCUCAUUAUAUCUGUGAAUGAGGCAGACGCGGGCCGCUACGACUGCUGGCUAGGAGGCUCCUUGCUCUGCUCUUAUAACAUCACUGUAGAUACGCACAGAUGUUCACCGCCUGAAAAGAGCAAUGAAUAUCAGAAGAUAUACACAAACUGGUGUCACGAAUUUGAGAAAUACAAGACUGCAAUGAAGACAUGGGAAAGGAAGCAAGAGCAAUGUGCACGACAGAAUGACUCGAAUCAAAACAUGCAUCCGAACGAAAUUGUGUGAUAGCUUCUGAACAUCGCCUAUCUCAUGUUUCAAUCGGUCAACUACUAUGCCGGAGCGAUACCCAUUCCGUACGUCUCGGCCGCUCUGGAGUAUUUCAACAUACUCUCGUGAGGACCCGACGUUCGAAACCCUCCAUUCCGUGAACAAACGUUGAAGCUCAAGAUAUAGUGAAUCUAGUGCCCCCUCUAGCUUUUGUAAACUAAAUAGUGACUAGUGACAGAACCCAUCGUUCCACAACGCAUCGGGAACAUGAGAAAGGUGAUCGGACAAACAAAAUUAUAUGGACAUCAUUUAUUAAAAUUUAAGGAACGAUUCCUAGCGUUGUGCGUCGCUUUGUUGGAGAUUGAUUGUAUAAAAAAGGUUUUAUCAAUUUUCAUAAAGUAAGUACGCUUUGUUCGUUAAAGUAGAUUCGUUAGUGAUCCAAGUGGAAUUAAUUUCGAUUAUAAAUAAAACAAGAUUAACGUGCAUUUAAAUUGCCAUUAUAUUCCGAGAGGUAUACAACUUUAAAGGGGUAUUUGAUAGAAAGCUGAAAUGUUGAAAGGUAUCUUUUACGUCAUUAAUAUGUCAUACUAGAUCAGCCAGACAUACAAAGAAAUUUAGAGAAACUGCCAAGGUAUAUAUUGUCCCUUCAUGGAACGAAAUUUAUGCUGUGAAGUACCUGUUUUGACACAUGAGUUUUUUAAUCAUUUAAAAUGCACAACACCUUUGCAAUCAUGUCAGAAUGGGUCUUACAAUACAUAUUAUUUCGACUUAUUUUAAUUUUCUUGUUUGGUUUGGUAGUUAUAUUUCAGCUCUUAUCGGACACUUCUCAACGCUAUCUACAACCUCUAGGUUUAAUAAGUAAUGUUUGUGUAGAGCAGGUGAUAUUUCAUAAUUAUUUAUUGUACUUUCAAUUAUUAUGAAUUAUUGUAAUUUCAUUUAU